CAAAACCACACACAUACCAUCCCUUUCUCAUCUUCUCCAUUAUUUAUUCUUUGCUCUCUCUUCAAUCAUUUCAAUCAUUAUCUCAUAAAAUGUAAGUUUCAAUCUCUUACUCUAAUCUCUUACUCAAUCAAUAUAUAUAGUUAUUUUAUUCGCUCGCUCACUCACUCACUCACUCACUCACUCACUCUACACUGUUAACUGCAACUGCAAACACAUAGCACCAGGAACUGCUUCUAUGGCGAAUCUGGUGCAUUCAUUCACACUGAUUCCUUGCAACCCAUAUAAAUACCGAACCAAAGUUUCAUUCUUUCACAAAUCCUUUAACCAGACAAAGGACCAAUUCGUUAUUCGAGGGUUGCAAAGCCCCAUUCAACCUUUUUCACAUAAUUUCACCUCAAAAUUGGGUGCCACGUCAAGGUUAUCCGUUGAGCAUAAACUGAAUGCCGUAGCUUCCGAAUCUGAGGAUCUGAAGAGGGCGUUGAGCUAUUUGUUCAGGACAGAGAUUGGUGGCGGUUUGGUUAGAGUUUAUGUCACAAAGAGUAAUAACGACCUUAGGUAUUCUGUUUUGAUUGAGGUUUCUUCGUUGGAUUUAAGGGUUAGUGGCCAAGGUGAAAAGAGGCUUGUGUUGUGUUGGGGUGGGUAUAGAGACGAUUCGUCGUGUUUUGUGGAGUUGGAUUCGAAGAAUUCGGGUGGGGAUGCUGGGGCGGGGAUGAAUCUAAGCCAGUUUAAGCAGAAUUCUGCUGAGAAGUUUGUGGUUGAGUUGGAUUUUGAUGCUAAGCAAGUUCCAUUGUACUUGUCAUUUUAUUUUAAGUCUCUGUUAGGUGAUGAUGAGACGAGUGGAGUGGAGAUCAGAAGCCAUAGGAGAACAAAUUUUUGUGUUCCUGUCGGUUCUCUUCCGGGACACCCAGCUCCUCUAGGUCUGUCUUUUAGUCCUGAUGGUUCUAUGAACUUUGCCCUUUUCUCAAGGCAUGCAGAGGGUGUUGUUUUGUGUUUGUAUGAUGAAACUGGUGUGGAGAAACCUGCCUUGGAGCUUGAUCUGGAUCCUUAUGUCAAUCGAUCAGGUGAUGUUUGGCAUGUCGCAUUUGAGAGUGCCUGGACUUUUGUGAGCUAUGGUUAUCGCUGCAGGGGGGAUCUUGUGGGGAGAGACAAGGAUGAUGAUGAUGCCAUGCGUGUUCUCUUGGACCCUUAUGCUAAGAUCAUUGGGAAUUUUUUUCCUGAUGGUCAUGGAUUAGUGAGGAAUCUUGGAUGGUUGGGGAACGAGCCUGCUUUCGACUGGGGUGAUGAUUACCGUCCGAAUUUGUCCAUGGAAAAGCUAGUGGUCUAUAGGUUGAAUGUCAAGUGCUUUACGCAGCACGUGUCCAGUCAACUUCCUAGUAAUUUAGCCGGGACCUUUUCUGGUUUGGCUAACAAGGUGAAGUAUCUCAAAGAUCUGGGUGUGAAUGCCAUUUUGCUGGAGCCAGUUCUCACAUUUGAUGAGAAUAAAGGACCAUAUUUUCCUUGUCACUUUUUCUCUUUAAUGCACAUAUAUGGGCCAUCUGGUGGUCCUGUGUCCACUAUCAAUUCUAUGAAGGAGAUGGUUAAAACUAUGCAUGCCAAUGGUAUAGAAGUUCUUAUGGAAGUUGUGUUUGCCCAUACUGCUGAGGCUGGUGCUCUGCAAGGAAUCGAUGACUUAUCGUACUAUUUUCUAAAUGGAGUCGAUGAUCUGGAUACACAGGGUGCUUUGAAAUGUAACUAUCCUAUAGUGCAAAGUUUGAUUCUGGAUAGCCUUCGUCAUUGGGUGACUGAGUUUCACAUUGAUGGCUUCUCUUUCAUAAAUGCUUCUAAUCUGUUGAGGGGUUCUCAUGGAGAAUACUUGUCUCGACCUCCAUUGGUUGAAGCAAUCGCUUUUGAUCCAGUACUCUGGAAGACUAAAAUCAUUGCAGAUACCUGGGAUCCCCAUAGUAUGGUAGCAAAGGGAACCCACUUUCCCCAUUGGAUGAGAUGGGCUGAAAUAAAUACAAAAUUUUGUCAUGAUGUGAGAAAUUUUUUGAGGGGUAAAAGUCUUAUCAGUGACCUCGCAACAAGACUUUGUGGGAGUGGAGACAUGUUUUCUGAUGGACGAGGCCCGGCAUUUGCUUUCAAUUACGUUGCCAGGAAUUUUGGACUUUCUCUUUUGGACUUGGUCAGCUUUAGUAGUGGUGAACUAGGUGCAGAGUUGAGUUGGAAUUGUGGAGAAGAAGGACCUACUAACAACUACGUUGUGCUUGAAAGACGACUCAAACAAAUCCGUAAUUUCCUCUUCAUCUUGUUUGUGUCCUUAGGAGUACCUGUUCUGAACAUGGGAGAUGAGUGUGGUCAGUCUUUUGAUGGUUCUCCUGCAUACAGUGACUUUAAACCUUUCAAUUGGAGUGCCUUGCAAACAGGUUUUAGCAAACAAACAACACAAUUUGUUUCCUUUUUAAGUUCACUGAGAAAGAGGCGGAGUGAUCUUCUUCAAAGUAGCAGCUUUUUAAAGGAAGAAAACAUAGAAUGGUACGGAAGAAACCAGGAUCCACCACAAUGGGAAGACCCAACCUGCAAGUUCCUUGCCAUGCUUUUGAAGGCAGAAAAAACAGAGCUCCCAGAAAACCCUUUACCUACUGACAUAUCAGGGGACUUAUUUCUUGCUUUCAAUGCAGCUGAUAAUUCAGAAACCUUAGUUCUGCCCGUGCCCCCGGAAGGGAUGUCGUGGUACCGUUUAGUCGAUACGUCUCUUCCGUUUCCUGGUUUUUUCUUAACCAAUGGUGAACUUGUCCCUGAGCAGACAGCAGGAUUGUUUACUUACCUAAUGAGGUCUCACAGCUGCACUUUAUUUGAGACAAGCAAUAAGAGAAGCUAAAGUGCACUCAUCAGCCCAAUACAUCCCUUAAUCCUUUCCAUUAUAUAUUACAUGAAAAAUGGGGUUUCAAUUAUAGAUUUAUAGAAUAAUGAUUUGAGAUAUAUAUGUUAUGAUGUUUGGUGAGGAAUAUGUAAUAGGAUAUGCUUGCUGGAAACCCGUGUAAAAUAGUGAAUGUUUUCAGAAAAUUGUUUCCCGAAAA